AUGACUUUUUUUCCGCAGCUGUUGACAGGCAAAUACCGUGACACCCAGACUUCGAUAACCGACAGCUCUGCAGUUUACAGAGUCAGGAACAACAAGAGCGCUAACGUGACCUUAAUCGACCUUCCAGGCCAUAAGAGUUUGCGGCUUCAGUUCUUGGAGAGGUUCAAGGCCGCAGCCAGAGCCAUUGUGUUUGUGGUGGACAGUGUGGCCUUCCAGCGGGAGGUGAAGGAUGUGGCGGAGUUCCUGUACCAGGUCCUCGUCGAUAGCACUGUGCUCAAAAACGCACCUGCGCUGCUGAUCGCUUGCAAUAAGCAAGAUGUCACAAUGGCAAAAUCAGCAAAACUUAUUCAACAGCAGCUGGAGAAAGAGCUCAACACCUUACGAGUGACCCGCUCUGCAGCCCCCACCAGUCUGGAUGGCUCAGCCACUGGGGGCCCUGCGCAACUGGGGAAGAAGGGCAAGGACUUCGACUUCUCCCAGCUACCGAUGAAGGUGGAAUUCGUGGAGUGCAGUGCUCGGGGCAGCAAGGGAGAGGAGGGAGAUGCUGACUUCGAGGGCCUCGAGAAAUGGCUGGCCAAGAUCGCCUGAACAGAAAAGGGCAGGGAUGUGGGGGGCGGGAUGCUUGGAGACUGAAAGAAAAAAGAUGGUCUGAAGCACUAAAUCUCAUCUUGCUGUAGAAGAAACUUCAGCUGGAAACCAGCAUUGCGGUGUCUUCCUCUGUUGCUCAUGGGCUUGGGAGCAACAUGACACAAUUGCUGGUGUGAUUUCCUCUGACUGUUUCUUCACACUGCAACAUUUUUUUCCUCUCCCCUCUUCCUUUGUCUUCCUCUGGGAUGCUUACCCUUUGGACUUCUGUGUUUCCUUAAUAUUUAGGCUUUUCAUUUGGUAGUUGCCAAGCAAAUUAGGAAGAAGUGAACUGCCAGGUGAGUUUUAGAGAUUGGAGUCUGUGUGUUGUCUUUUGCCUUCGUUUAGCAUUGCAAUCCUGUUACCUCUCAGAGCUACUGAUCACCUCCUGAUUCUGACUUCUUUCCCCAGCCUCUUGGUGCUUGGGAGUGCUGUGCACAUCAUCUGUGCUGCCCCAGCAAAGUGCACAGACUCUCUCUGUUGGGCAGUCAUUGAGGAGAGUAUGAAAAGCUGUUUACCUCCGUGUCUCCUACCUUCCUGUUCUUCCAAACCAGUGCAGUCCUGUUUCUGUGGGACUGGAGUGGUCUAUUAAAUGCCAAAACCAGGCUGGCUGAUCUGCCUUUGCCACUGUGUACUGCCUGUGUCCUUUGCUGUGUCUUUGGGUGAUUUCUUUGGCACCUUUUCCUUUAAUGCAGGGCUAUGUCCUGAACAUAGUUUGUUUCGCUCUGCUUCUCCUUCCCGUACUUCAGGCUCUUCUCCCACAGACUUGUAUGCAUGUUCUCCACGUGGCAGAGUUAUAGUUUGAAGCUAAGACUCUACUAUGAGGCAGGCACGUUUUUAGAUUCAUACCUACAUUAUGUGUGAGAUCUGGCAUGACAGGUGUCUGUCUCCUGUGUGAUCUCAACUGUUAAUCUUGCAGGGAAGAUUCAGGGAAUGCCUGUUGCUGUAGCUAUUGUAGUGGCUCAGCAGGCUGCUCGGGGGCUUGGAGUGUUGGAGAGCUCUGAUUUAGCAUGCUUCUGAACUUCUCAAAGGACGUUGCUCUCCUCCUUCCCAUUCUCUGGCCAGGAGCAUCGGUUGUCCAAAGGGAGAUCUUCCAGCAGCAUUGGUGUUGGUCAGGUGGGAGACAAGACCUUGGUGCUGUGCUGGGCGUUCAGCUUCCCCUUCCUGAACGGCCUUAAAACACAGUUGCCCUGCCCAGCAACUUCGUAUAGCUUCGUGCUCUGAUCGGGUGCCAUUUCUGUGCAGCACCUGUGUGAGGAGGAUUGCUCUCCAGGAUGCUACACUGCAAAUUGCGAGGUCCUACGGCAGUGAAAUUUUUCCUUUUGUUUUUGUUGUUUCCCCUUUUGGGGUAGGAGGGAGUGGCUGGCUCCCGGUAGACCUUUUCUGUCUUUUGCAGGCUCCUGUCCUCCCUGGUUUGAUGCUUCAUCACUCAACUGAUCUGUUCUGUUCUUUUCCUUUCUGUCUGGGGCAUCCUCUGCCUCCCUGUAGCAUUGCCAAGUGUUAGUAGCAUUGGGAAGAGCAAGAACAGUCUUCUGCAAAGACCUGGCUCGUGGUGGAGCUGGGCCUUGCAUUUCUAGUCUUGUGAACCCAGUGGCUCUUCUACUAUCCAUGCAGGAGGUGGGGAUGGUUAUAUUUACAAAGUACGUUGUAUUAUUCUAUUUCCUGCAGCCAGAGCAUUGUUGGAACAUGUUUGUCAUGCUUUGAACUCCUUUAGCUGGAGCUCCUUCCCAGGCCACCUGCUUUGAAUCCAUAAUGCUGAAGUGAGAAUAUUGCUAUUUCUUUGGGUGGUUAUUCUGCUUGCAAAGACCUGUCUCCUUGAAAAGUGACGGCCAGGCACUAGCCUCUGCUGAGGGUAAGGUAGCAUGAGGCCAUAAUUGGUUUUAAGUUAUUGUUAUUAAAAGUAUUCCUUAAAUAAAAAUUUUUUGCUUA